CGGUAUUAAAAAUAAUGAUGGUGUGUUGCUUAAUAGAUUAUUUUUUAUACUGCAGAGUAAAGUAGAAGAUGGGCGGGUUUUUUUCUAAACUUUUUAAGAAUAAAGAUAUGAGAAUACUAAUGCUUGGUUUAGACUCGGCAGGAAAAACUACUAUUUUAUUUGCUUUAAAGUUUGGUCAAAGCAUAACAACUAUUCCCACUGUGGGUUUUAACGUUGAGACUGUGAAAUUCAAAAAUAUAACUUUAAAUGUUUGGGACGUCGGUGGACAAGAUAGAAUCAGACCCCUUUGGCGGCACUAUUAUACAGGAACUCAAGGAUUAAUAUUUGUGGUUGAUAGUUCAGAUCGUGAGAGAGUCGAUGAAGCGCGGGAAGAAUUACACAGGAUCAUUCAAGAUAGGGAAAUGAGAAAUGCGACUGUACUUGUCUUUGCAAAUAAACAAGAUCUUUCUGGAGCGAUGACGCUUAAAGAAGUUUCUGAGCGCCUGGCAAUGGAAGGACUUAACGAUCGCGCUUGGCAUGUGCAGCCCUCAUGUGCUACGCGAAACGAAGGGCUUAUUGACGGCUUGACUUGGCUUACUCAAAGCGUGGAAUAUACUAAUAAAUAGGCGUUGCAGAAGUACGUUGUUAAAAAAAAAUAUCAAGUG